AUGUCAAGCCUGGCCAUUUUUAAGACCACCCUCCAAUCUGCCCUUCUCAAUGGCAGCUCCAAUGAAAUAGCUCAAGGGAUAACGUCAUACAAACAUGAGACGAGGUUCACUCUUGACUACAUUGAAUUGAUCCGCUUCAUGAUAUGCACGCUUAUCACAACGCCUUUCAUGGUCCUCUGGCAGAACCAUCUCGAAAUCGCAUAUCCAGUAUCUCCUGACCACAACGCCGUUAUGCCUCCCGCAUCGAUGGCAGGCAAAGGUGAAAAUGACUCUAACAUGGCUAGCCACGAGACAGCAUGGUGCGGGGCCAAAACCAAUCAACUGGAGUGGGAAGAAUCACAAAGCUCCAACUCCAAAAGGAAUACCCGGAAUACCGUUCUUAAGAUUGUGAUAGACCAGACUGUUGGCGCAGCAUGGAGUUCAGCUUUAUUUAUUGUAACCAUGUCUGCCUUAAAUGGCCAGGAUGUCAAAACUAUUCAACAAUCAUUAUAUAAGGAUUUCGUCCCAAUCAUCAUGGCUGGUCUGAAGCUUUGGCCAAUGGUUUCCGUGCUUAACUUCACCAUGAUCUCCCCAGAGAAGAGAGUCCUGACAGGGAGCCUGUUUGGGAUGAUCUGGGGUAUAUAUCUUAGCUUAAGAUCUGAGGUUUGA